GGUGCUGAUGGUGGUAGAAGCAGAGGAAGUAGAAACAGUGCGCACCUGCAGUUUAGCAGCGAGCGGGCGCUUUGAAGCCCCUCGCGCGGCGGAGAGGACCCGCUCGUGCGGUGGGUGUGAGUCACAUAACUUGUGUGGGAGGAGUUAAAGCAAGAUGGCCGCGGGAGAGGGGAGAGUGUCUGAGAAAUCAUCAAAUGGGAUGUUUAUGUGUCGCUAACAGGAUGCACAGCAGCUCGCAUGAAGGAGUGGUUUAUUCGUUAGCGUCCCCGGCUCGCUGUGGUCUAACUGUCCACUUGUCUCCGGGUUGUUUUCGCCCCGGUCAACCGUUUGCAGCUCUGACAUUGUGGAAUUCAUUAGCAGCUAGUCGUUAGCAACACACCAGCGCUAACUUACUAGCAGCCAGCUAGCAGGUCUCCGUGGAAAUCAGCACCUCGCAGCGACUGCUGAGACCAAUACGCAUUCAAGUCCAGAGUGCCCGCCCUGACUGGCUAUGGAGUGGUGUUGGCUUCAGACUGGAUGACAGGGUCUACAGGGAGGACGGGGCCACUCGGUUUCUAAGGCACCUAGACGUAUACUGGCAGUGCCUGCCCAUUCAGCUGACCUUCUGCAGCUCUCUCUAGAUACACUCUCCCUCUCUCUAUCCUCCUCCUCUCCUCCCUCCUCCUGAUCCUUUCCUUUUCUCCUUCCUUCUGGUUACUGUUGCAUCUGUACUUUGACAUAAGCGGAAGCCGUCCUCUCUCCAUUGAGUUCUUUGGACUUGCCUGCCACUGGGGCCAGUAUGAGCUGGCUGAGCAGGCUGAAACCGCCGGGUCCCGGGAGUCGGUCCGGUCGGAGCGCCGCACCUUCCAGCCCCUGCACGGCAGACCCAGAGACAUGUCUCAUGGUGUUUGAAAACCACUGGAGACAGGUGUCUUGGGUGUUGGAGCAGCAUGAACCAUCCUCCUCCAGCGAUGACCUGACAGCCGUGAGGAAUCACACCGACCAGAUGUUGUGUCUUCUGGCAGAGGAGCGGCCCGCUGACAACGCAGAGGGCAGUGUGCCACCCAUAGGCCCCAUACUGGAGCUGGUGGUCACUGAGAAUAUUCUGGAGCACCUGGUUCAGUGGCACCUCCGCCGUGGCCUGGACCCAGACAGCCAAGGAGCACUGCUCAAACUGUUUGAGAUGCUCAUCGGCCAGUCUCAGCAGCCUCUGCUGCAGCACACCGCCAUUCUCCAUCCCCUCCUGAGGCUGCUGGGAGCUUGUGCGGACCCAGAACUCGGUUGCCCUUCAGCCUUGGAGAACAGCCUUGUACUGCUGCUCAAUCAGGUCUGUGUGUCGAUGGCCCGGCAGCCAGUGGUCCUAGAAAUGUUGUUCCGUGCAGCUCCAGCCCAGCAGGGGUCGACCAACCUUCUGAUCUUCUCCCUCCUCGUGCCAUUUAUUCACCGGGAUGGAGCCAUUGGACAGCAGGCCAGAGACGCACUGCUGCUGGUGAUGGCGGCCUCUGCCAGCAAUGAGGCUGUGGCCCGCUACAUCGCUGAGAACUCCUACUUUUGCCCAGUGCUGGCGACAGGCCUCAGCGCACUCUACUCCUCUCUGCCCAGAAAGAUUGAGGUCCGAGGGGACGACUGGCACUCCCUGCGGCGGGAGGACUGGAUCGGCGUGUCAUCGCUUGUCCUGUUCAUGAACUCACUGGAAUUCUGUAACGCAGUGGUGCAGGUGGCUCACCCCCUGGUUCGCUCUCAGCUCCUAGACUACCUCCACAAUGGCUUCCUUGUGCCAGUCAUGGGCCCUGCCCUGCAUAAGUCGUCAGUGGACGAGAUGAUCGCCAGCACCGCCUACCUGGACCUUUUCCUACGUAGUGUGACAGAGACUUCCCUCCUCAAAACCUUCCUGCGCUUCAUCCUGCUGCAUCACCACGACAAUGAUACUAUCCUGGACACACUCCUCACACGCAUCAGCAGCAAUUCAAGGCUCUGCAUGGUAUCGUUGAGCCUCUUCAAAACUCUUUUAUCCCUGCACUGUGAAGACAUCAUGCUGCAGCUCGUUCUCAGGUAUCUACUGCCCUGUACCCAUGUUAUGCUGAGUCAACGGCGCGCCAUCAGGGAGACGGAUAUUUAUGGAAAGUCUGCAGACAAGUUCUUGUCGCUGAUCCCAGAGUGCUGCCGGAUGAAUGUGGCGCCCUCUGCUGAGCGGGAGGAGGAUGCAUUCUGGGGAAAAGUACUGAGCAGUCCUAGCACAGAGGCUCCGGCCCCACCCAGACCCAGCACUCCCUCUCGCUUGGCUUUCUUCAUGCGCCAACAGAGCAGUGGAGGGGGUCCACCCACCCCUACCAGCAUGGAGCCUUCAUCAGGCCCUUCCAGCUCUCACCCCUUGUCCCCUGACAGCCCAAUGCACCAGCAGACCCACUCCGAGAGUCUGGACUGGGACUCGGGUUAUUUGGAAUACCUCAGAGAUGCCCGGCGGGGCAUCGAGCUCUGUUCCUGGGCCUGCCGCGACUGGUCAGCACCCUAUGAUGGAGAACACCCCUCACCAAACACAGCCCCUCCUCCUCCACCUCCACCUACCUCCAACCCCUCCAUAGCUAUGUUCCCUGAGCACUUCUCUUUACAGCAGGGAGGAAACAGUCAUACCCCUCCAGGCCAACAGAGAGCAGCCAUUGUGGCUGCAGCUCGGUCUGAGUGGAGCAGCUCGGAGCGGGACAGUGGAGAGUGGGACGUCACAAUUGGCAAAAACAACUGCAUCAGCCUCACGCCACGCUCCAAGAAACGGAGUCUGCAAAGAGAGGAGCACCUGCCCAAACCUGUACCUCCUCUCAUCCCGUCCUCGUCGUCUUCAGCAACCCCAUUAUCGACCUCCCACUCAGUCUCAUCCCCGGAUCCUCACAUUCCCUCCACUGCCAUCACCGUUAGCUACCAAGCCAUGUAUAAUGGAACAAUGGGGCAGGGGGACAGAUGCUCAGACAGCCGCGAUAGGGGACUGGAGGUGAAGAAAGUGAAGAGAGACUUGGGCGAGCAGCAAUAUCUGGAUGAAAAUGCCAAUCAAAAUGGAUCCCUACUAACCUGCCCCUCCCAAAGCUGCACAACUGUCCCACAGGCCAAUUUUAGCAACAGUGACAUCAGUGAUGCAACCUCCCUUUGCCUGAAACAGAUUCAGCCUCGGGGCUCCAUCACCCAGGCAACAUCGGAUGCCAAACUGCUGGCCAGUGACACCUCAAGCCCACAUAGUGCAAUAUCACAUUUCGCAGAGGACAACCAGAGACAGCAAUCUGUAGAGAGACUGAUUGAGGAGCUGCUGGAGGAGGCACCAGAAGACCCACAGCCCUCCGGAGACUCCAACGGUCAGGGCAUCAGCAUCGAAGCCUUCACGCAGGAACUGAGGGAGCUGGAGGACCGGGUGGAGGAGCGCAUCAGAGCAGCCUGCCAGCAGGAGGAACCAGCCACAGAGUGUGUGACGGCUGAACAGCAGCAGGAGGAGGAGCAGCAGCUGUCCUCUACAGUUGAGGCUAAGCUGAUGGGUGAAGCCAAGGGAGACUUGUGUAGUCCUGCCAGACCGUUGCAUCAGGCUGCCUCUCAGCCCUACACAGGUCCAUUCAUUGUGGUGCUGUUUGCCAAGCUGGAGAACAUGCUCCAAAACUCUCUGUACGUCAACAUCCUGCUCACGGGCAUUGUGGCCCAGCUGGCCUGCCAUCCCCAGCCACUCCUACGCUCCUUCCUGCUCAACACCAACAUGGUCUUCCAGCCCAGCGUCAAGUCGCUGAUUCAGGUUCUAGGUUCUGUGAAGAACCGCAUUGAGGCGUUUGCAGCCUCUCAUGAGGAGUUCCCUGCCAUGCUAAGGAAAGCCCAGCAGUACCUGGUGGCCCGAGGUAAAGUGGACUGGACCGACUCAGCUGCUGCGGCGCCCCCCCUACGGCGCUCUGAUUCUCUGGUGAAGAGUCGGAAGCCUUCUCUCGGAGACCUCAUCCUUCGCCACACCAACAGCCCGACCCGGGCCCGGCACGCCGCUCAGCUGGCACUUGCACACGUACGGGACGGCGGCCAAUCACUGCACAGCGCCCUGUUCAAGGGCACUGGCUUUGGGGCGGCGUCCAGCUUGGAGAAACAAGCCGAAGCACUGCGAGUGAAGAACGCCGUGUACUGUGCGGUCAUCUUCUGCGAGUUCCUCAAGGAGCUGGCCGCCUUGGCUCAAGAGCACGCCGUCAGCCUGCCCUUCCCUCACAGCCAGGGAGCAGAAGAAUAGUCGGUAAACAGACUCCUUUAAAUGUAGCUCCCAGCCUCCUCUUUGUGCAUAGACCUUAAUGAUAACGACUCUCCCAUCACCAGAGGACAAGCUGGAGCACUGAGACACUUCUGUCUGUCACUGAAGCCGGAAAAACAAGAGGAAAACCGCUGCGUUUUUGUACCAAAAUCAUUAUAGGAUAUCUAUAGGACUGAAACAAACGUCCUCAUCUGUAAACGUAUGUGCAUAAUCAUGUACUAUAUUUGCAUUGUAUCCUCAAAGUCUCCCAUUCGAGACCUUCGAGCUUGUAAAUACACAUACCACAUCAUGGUAUAGUGUGACACAGUAAAGCCACAGAUUAAUGACAUAGGUGCACACAUUUGGUGCUAGUUGAUACUCUGUCUUUUUAGUUUGAGGGGUGUUUUCAGCUGGUACACAGGUGACGCAAAGUCACGGCAAAACACCAAAAUAGUCUGGAUCAUUCAUAUUCGAUAAGCUCAGCUUUUGUCAUCAAAGACUGGCCAACAGAACAUUAUCAUUGACAUCACAGCACCCAGGCGGCUUUUCAGUUUUAGUUUUCUAUGAAUUAGGAAGAGGAUGAAAACUGGAAAACACAAGUGGAGGAGAGUGGCACAUUGUCUCCCGUAGAGCACGAGCUCCACUCCAGACGCGAAAAAAGGAACGCGUUUUAGCUCGAGUCUCAUUUUAAAUGUUUAUCUUUGCACCAUAUUCUAGACAUAUCAGCAACGGAGCUGCUGUGUCUGGCGUUGAUUUUAAAGAAUGACUCCUUUUGGGGAUGUCGUCUCUUCGGGCCAUUAACAAGUCAUUGAGCUGUUCCCAUAAGAGGCUGUGGGAUUAAAAAGGCAGCCCUGCUUUACUCUUCAUUUAGUAUUUUCUUUUAAGAUCUGAGGCUAUGAUAACAGGGCAAGAAGGGAAGAUGUUUUGGGAAUCUAUUUUUUUUUUAUUAUCAUUUGAGAAAUUUGAUUUGAUUUCAUUUGAGAAAAAUGUUCGUCUUUAGAACAUAACAUGCUGCUGUUUUUCUUUUUCAUACAAACACCCAUGUGUUGUUUGGUGUCAUAGCUACUGUCUCUUCAUUUCAUUAUUAGGUACUAAGUGUAACUGUGCAUGGGGGGUGGAGGAGUCUGUGCCAUUUGAGUUAUUUUACGUUUUGAGGUUGAAUGUUGCGGCCAAUCAGUGUUAAAAACUUUUGCCACAAUACAAGGCAACAUUUUUAGGCUGGGAAUUGGUGCAUGCUGGUAGGUUUUUAUUACUGGACUGUAAUAUCUUAGUAGUUUUCUAAUUCCUCUCAUAGACAUUGUGAGAAAACGCUUAAACGUUAAGAACCUGUCAAUUGAAACAAUUCUCCUCUAUGACUGUAUUGUAAUAUCCAUGUACCCGAUUCCAGGUCCUUCAUGAAAUUCUUUAUUUUGCACAUCUUAACUUUUAGCAGUAGAUGAGCUGCCUGGCGCCCUGCAGUCUUCUCUAUAAAACCAAAUCCCACAAGUUUUAGACACCUUUCAUCUUCCUAACUUGUUAAAGCCAUUGCCACAAUCGUCUAGUGAGUCAUCAAUGCUGUAAGUCACUUUUCUAUGGACUUUGUAGACAUUUUGUACCACCCAACAGGUUUUUGAAGUAACAUUAGUUAAGAGUUUCUGCAUGGUAGUAAAAGACAGAUUUACGAUAACAUAAUUAAAUAGCAGAACAGAGUUUGUGCCGAGUUGAAAUUAGCAGUAGGGUUUAGUGGUUAGUGACUCAUCCCAGUGCCUGCAGAGAUCAGCAGCAACAAGAACCCGUUUCACACCCAGUGUUUGCACCCGGGUAAUUAAAUUGCUAGAGAAAUCACUUUUUAUGCACUGCCAUCCGCACGUCCAUCUGUUCACCUAGCCUCCGUGUCCAUGUGUUCAGAACGAGAUGGUUUCCUCGUACAGGAAAAGGACACAAAGUCCCACUGCGCAUCAGGUUUUACUAUGUUUACACUUGAGAUUGUGAUUUUUAACUAACCGUUUUUUUGUUUGUUUUUUUUUUGGUGGGUCGUAGUUUGAGCAUGAUGGUAGAUGCUCAUUAUUUAACCAUUCACGUUGUAAUGAAGCAGUUUCAGUGAUCUGUGUUUAUGUGACACCUCCAUGGACACCAAAGACAAUCCCAGUAACUCCCAGCGUCUCUGCACAAGCAGUCACAGAGUUUCGUGUCACACUUCUCAGUUGGAAACAGUGACAGUGGCCAAACACAGAGAAAACAGACAGAAUCACCAAUACUCACUCACUGGUGCUGUGGCUUUUGCAGAGGUGAAAGUAGAACCAAUAUCACACCUAUGAAAAAAAACAAGUUGUAACUAGAAUUUUCCUUAACCUGAUUCUUCCACAUGGUGUUAUGGCGCAUUAAGCCUCUCUGCAGUCUGCAGUCAUUUUCAGAGCUCACUUUCACUCUCAUGUGUAAGUCUACAGUACAAAGGCCUGGACAGUUUGGAAGGGGGCAUUUCUUUAUAACACAGUCAGAUGAUGAUGACUCAACAGACCUGAAAUGGAAACAUGUCUUACAAUGAAUCAAGCAGUGAGGUUGAAAAAUAAAUGUCCUUGUGGUUUGUGAUAACGCUGUCGCUAUCACAGCUGGAUGCCGGAGCAUCACUUCCUAUAUUUUGGCCGGCACACAGUAAAAACCAUGCUCUGCUCGAGGGAAUGAA